GAAGAUUUCCUAUAUGGCGGCCCACGAUUAAGCUCGGACAAUAAGGGUUGCGUGUGGGACAAGGAGUACAUCCUCCCUAGCAUCUCAGCCGUCCAUUCCACACUCAAACACCAUCACCUGCCGUCGGAUCCAAGAACCCACUCCGAAGCCCGACAUCCACCACCUCCAAAUCCGUCCUUUACCCCAAUUCUUCUUCCCCCGAGCACCAACCACCGUCACACCCUAGGGUUCCGGCGCCCCUCUUUUAUCCACAUUUUGCAGGGUUUUAGAAAAAGAUUGUGUAGUGUUGAUGGCCGGAGGUGGUGCUGCAGCUACUAAUGCUAAGGCCAACUCCAGUGGCCGCACCGGCAUUCGCAUCGUAGUCGCCGGCGAGCGCGGCACCGGAAAGUCCAGCUUGAUCGUCACAGCCGUCACCGAUGAUUUUCCGGCCGAUGUCCCGUCCUUGCUGCCGCCAAUGAGGUUGCCCGUGGAUUUCUAUCCCGAUGGCGUCCCUGUCACGAUUAUCGAUACGUCUUCUAGUGUGGAGAAUAGAGGUAAAGUGGCUGAAGAACUGAAGCGAGCUGAUGCAGUUGUGCUAACUUAUGCUUGUGACCAGCCUGCGACUCUUGACCGGUUGAGCGCAUUCUGGCUUCCCGAACUUCGUAGAUUAGAGGUAAAGGUGCCAGUUAUAGUGGUUGGUUGCAAGCUAGAUUUGAGGGAUGAUCAGCAAACAGUCAACUUAGAACAGGUGAUGUCGCCAAUAAUGCAACAGUUUAGGGAGAUUGAAACUUGUAUUGAGUGCUCGGCAAUUAAACAGAUUCAGAUCCCUGAAGUUUUCUUCUAUGCGCAAAAGGCAGUACUUCAUCCAACUGCUCCACUAUUUGAUCAGGAAGCACAAACUCUGAAGCCUCGGUGUGUAAGGGCUUUAAAACGGAUAUUUAUUCUCUGUGACCAUGACAGGGAUGGUGCACUCAGUGAUGCAGAAUUGAACGAUUUUCAGGUCAAAUGUUUCAAUGCUCCAUUACAACCUUCUGAAAUAGUAGGUGUUAAAAGGGUUGUUCAAGAGAAGCUACCUGAAGGUGUCAAUGACCGUGGUCUAACUUUGACUGGGUUCCUCUUUCUCCAUGCACUAUUCAUAGAGAAGGGGCGUCUGGAGACAACGUGGACUGUUCUAAGGAAAUUUGGAUACAACAAUGAUAUUAGACUCAGUGAUAGUCAGCUUCCACCCUCAAUCAAGCUAGCACCUGAUCAGAGUGUGGAGCUGUCAAGUGAAGCUUUGGAAUUUCUUAAGGGAAUCUUUCUCUUGUUUGACAUUGAUGGAGAUGGGGCCCUUAAACCUGCUGAGCUUGAAAAUCUUUUUUCUACUGCACCAGAAAGUCCUUUCGAUGAGGCUCCAUACAAGGAAGCUGCUGAAAAAACUGCCUUGGGAGGACUAUCUCUUGAUGGCUUUUUGUCUGAGUGGGCCCUUAUGACACUUUUGGACCCAAUUCGCAGCAUCGAGAAUCUUAUCUACAUUGGAUAUGCUGGCGAUCCUUCUUCUGCCAUCCGUAUCACUCGGAGAAGACAGUUAGAUCGCAAAAAGCAACAAUCAGACAGGACUGUUUUCCAGUGUUUUGUAUUUGGGCCGAAAAAGGCGGGAAAGUCUGCACUGUUGAGUUCGUUGAUUGGAAGGCCAUUCUCUGAUAUUUAUACGUCAACCACUGAAGAGCUCUAUGCAGUCAAUAUGGUUGAUCAACCAGGGGCAAAUAAGAAAACUCUUAUAUUGCGAGAGAUACCUGAAGAUGGAGUCCAAAAGUUGCUGUCCAAGAAGGACUCUUUGGCAGCCUGUGACAUAGCAAUAUUUGUUCAUGACAGUUCUGAUGAAUACUCAUGGAAGAGAGCAACUGAAUUGCUUGUGGAAGUUGCUAGUCACGGAGAAGUGACUGGUUAUGAGAUGCCUUGCCUCAUUAUUGCAGCGAAAGAUGAUCUAGAUCCAUUUCCGACUGAGAUACAAGAUUCAACGAGGGUAAGUCAGGAUAUGGGAAUAGAGGCUCCUAUACCUCUCAGCAUAAAGUUGAGAGAUUUUAAUAAUGUGUUCCGUAAGAUAUUGAGUGCUGCAGAGCACCCUCAUUUGAGCAUUCCUGAAACAGAAGCUGGGAGAAGUCGCAAGCAAUACCACCGGCUUAUUAAUCGCUCUCUGAUGUUUGUAUCUGUUGGAGCUGCAGUAGCCAUUGUUGGAUUGGCAGCUUAUCGAGUUUAUGCUGCAAGGAAGAAUGCCUCUGGUUAAAGGGUGAUGUUUUCUGCAGCUCCCGUUUCACAUGAGCCUGGCAAGUUCUAUUGGGCUUUUUAUGUUGGCUUCAUGGGCAGAUUGCAACUUUACUUCAUUUCUCAAGGUAGCUCCUUUGUAGAGAAUUUCUAGUUAAAUAGUAGUAGCAUACCUUGGGAAUUCUAAAAAUGAGAGCUUGUGAUCUUUGUAGGAUUUUACUCGCAACAUCAAUGAGUAGGUUGUUUUUGGCUUUUUUGGUUUUUGGAUGUAGUAAUUUGGAGGAGGUCCUUGAGCAUCACUUGUUGCCGUGUCAUAAAAUUUUGAAAAUGUAUGAUCUCAUGUGGCGGAAACCCUUUUUGUUAGAUUAAUUCGAGGACUUUGUUUCUCAACAUGGUUGCUUUUUUUAUUUUGUUCAGUAUUAUACUUUGCUUUUAUUC